AUGAAGGCUGCCAUUUACAAAGAAUUCAAUGGGACCAUUUCGGUGCAAGAUGUUCCAAUACCUUCCAUAUCUACCAACGAUGGAGUAUUGAUUCAAGUCAUGGCCACUGGCGUUUGUCGAUCCGAUUGGCAUGGUUGGAAGGGUCACGACGGCGACGUGAAAGCAGCCGGUUUGCCCUUUUGUCCCGGCCACGAAUUCAGUGGCAUUGUCGUGGAAACUGGUUCUGCCGUCCAAAAAUUCAAGCCAGGCGACAAGGUGGCAGUCCCCUUCAUUUUGAGUUGUGGAAACUGUCAUCAUUGUCAUGAGGAUCGACCGACCGUGUGUGCCCAUCAAGAACAACCUGGUUUUACUCAAUGGGGAGCCUUUGCCGAAUAUGUUUUCAUUCCAAGGGCGGAUCGUAAUUUAUGCUUGUUGCCACCGAGUGUUUCCUUUGUCCAAGCUGCCGCCUUGGGAUGUCGCUUUACCACUGCCUAUCGGGCCGUCUUGCAACAGGGUCAAUUAGUGGCAAGUCGUCGUCGUCACAACACAAAAACUGUGGUGGCAGUCUUUGGAUGUGGUGGAUUGGGACUCUCGUGCAUCUUAAUGGCCGCGUCCCAAGGUGCUACAAUUACUACUAUCAUUGCCGUCGAUGUUUCACCCUUGGCCUUGCAAAAAGCCAAGGAAUUGGGUGCCACGCACAUUGUGCAGACUACUCCAACCCAAUCCCCCAUGGAAAUGGCAUCCUUGACCAAAGAAUAUACGCGUUAUCACGAAGGUGCGGAUUUGACCAUUGAUGCGGCUGGAUUUCCCACGACGAGCGAAGCGGCCGUCUACGCCACCCGACCCAGCGGACGAAUGGUCCAAGUAGGUCUGCCCUUUGGAACGACGAAUAUCCCCAUGACGCUCGUGGCGGGAAAGGAAAUUGAAUUGGUGGGAUCCCAUGGAUUUAGUGCCUUGGAUCUUCCUAAUUUGUUACAAUUGAUAUCGACGACGCCAGCCUUGGAUCCAGCCCAAUUGGUGGAACGAUGUGUCACGUUGGAAGAAGGAUGUCAAGCACUCAUGGAUAUGGAUAAGGGCAGCCCGUUGGGAAUGACAAUCAUUACCAAAUUCGAUAGUCCCAGUACCAAAUCCAAUUCCAGCAGAUUAUAG